AUGUCAAUAACAAACUUUACUUCAAAGAACAACGCUGACUUUGGCAGCGUACAGAUAAAUGCUUCAUGGGAUAACGAAGGUGCGAACAACUAUCUGCUGUAUCGGAAAGAAGGCGGCGAUUGGGAACUCGUUCUCUCUGGCGAGUUCAGCGGAAUCAACAGUAUUGUGGUUCACGAUGUUACAGCGUUGAGCGGGAGCGAAUACCAGUACAGAUUUUCUGUAAGGGACAGCGAUACAACCCUCGCGACAAGCACGACAAUCACACAGAAAUGUGCGUUUGACGGAAUCGUUAUCUCUGACAACACCGGAACUUGGCAUUCUGCAUUUGGCACAAAGGAGAACGACUUCAAAAUCAACGUCAAGAAGAACAUCUCCGUAGGAUAUGUGAAGCCUCUUGCCGGCAAGUAUCCUCACCGCAUCGUCAACGCUCAAACCAACUAUACUACAGGAACCGUAACUGGCCUGUUUGUUAACAGCAAUAACGGAUGCCCAGACUUUUCUAAUUCCACCAUGUAUAGGGACGCCUUUGUUGAGUUCCUGUGCAACGGGAAAAAGAAACUGCUCAAGACGGGAAAAGGGCGGGCGUAUGUUGUGAGCAUCGACAACAACCCUGAGGAGAAUUACAACUCCAUUGACGAGCUGACGACAGUCACAUUCUCUUGGACAGAAAUAGAGUCAGCUUUCACGAAUAAGUAUUCACACGAAAGUCCUGUGUGGGGUGAUGGCCACGAAGAUGAUAUUGAAGGCGAUGUGAUCAACAUAUCGUUUGGCAUAGACUCUUCGUCAGAUAUAAGACGAUCUUCCACUGUAACGCUCGGCCUUGGCGACACAAGAUUUGCAAGCGAAGAAUUUGAGAUCGGCUGGCUAAACAGGAUCGUGCAAAUCAGUCUGGCCAUCGAUAACGGUGUUAUGUCUGCCGGCUUCACUCAUGGAGAGCUUGCGGCAUUUACAAACGAGUGGAUGGCUGAACACACAAACGCGUGGCUGCGCGGCAAGGACUACACAUACUUUAUUCUUGGUUCCAUGCUUCUGACGCAGGACGGCUAUUCUUUUGAUGCGGAAAACAACACGCUCGAACUGAGCCUUGUUGAUUUGAUGGCAAUGGGAACGGCGGCAAGAGGUAGCCAGAUCGGAACUCCUGUAAAGAUUGAAUACGAGGCAAAUAUUAAGGCCGCGCUUGAGGCGGUUGCGGCGAGAUAUAUGAAAUGCAAAUCUACUGAUAUCGACGAGUUUCCCGAUGUUAUUCCGUUUGAUCAGGAGUUUGGCUCUGGCGCAUACGCAUACGAUAUACUGUCUCAAGUCAUCGGCUUAUUCCCAACAUAUGAGCAGUAUUUUGACAGCGACGGCAUAUACCAUGUUCAUGCUAUCCCGAUGCAUGUAGACGAGGAUGUUCUGCUUGAUGAAACAGUAAUGGAUGAGAUUAUCAUUUCAGAGAAAAGGGCGCUCAAUAUUUCUGAUAUCAAGAACUCUACCGAGAUUUGGGGCAGAGAACUGACAUCGGACUACAGCGCCGUUUCGUCCUCAUAUGAUGCCGGAACAAACACAUACACCAUAGGAUUUUUGGCAAGCCUUCAGAAUGUGGAGGCGCAGGCGAUGUAUGCGUUUACCGUCCCUUAUCCUAAUCUCGCGAAGCCGUAUGUGAAGAUCCCGGUGCUGGGCGAUGAUCUGGUUACAACUGUAUAUGAGACCAUUGAGAUAUGCGAUGGGAAUGGAAACGAACUUAAGGCGAACGCACUGUCUAUGGGCAUCAACUAUGUGUUCCUGUGCAUCAUAGACCCGACGACGCUGGAAAAGAAAUUCAUCCUUCAGGGUGAGCGACUUAUCCAUGUGAUUGUCAGGGAAAUGAACGGUGAACCGACUGCGUCUGAAAUACAGAGAGAUAAGGAACUGAAUGACUGCCGCGAUAUCUUCUAUGUCGUGAACCCUGAGAACCCGUAUGCGUGUGACAGAAACGGAUACUCCAUUGAGUACGGAGAAAUCAGGCAAGUGCUUGAAGGCGGAGACUACUCAUACAUUUACACGACGCAGCUUGCAUAUGAGCGCGGCAAAUACGAGAACUACCUGCGCACGAGACUGAACACUGAUGUGGAACUUACAACUGUGCUUAUUCCGUUCAUCGAUGUGAAUAAGAAAAUACAAUAUACUUCUCCGAUCACCGGCGAGGUACAUCAGUAUCUGAUCAAGUCUGUCGAUUUUGAUAUACUGAAUUUUACGAUGACCAUGAAGCUCUCGCGCUUCUAUAACUACUAUCCGUUUUGA